UGGGAAUACCCGAACACCUACCUGCAUCCGACUUCACAACUCAGGACUCCGAGCGGUGACGCCAGCAGGCAGGCUAGCUAAAGAUGUGAAAAUGGCGGAGUUACAAAUGCUUUUGGAAGAGGAGAUUCCAGCUGGACGCAGUGCAUUGCUUGACAGUUUCACCAAUUUGGAGAGAGUUGCCGAGUACUGCGAAAGCAACUAUGUUCAGUCCCCAGACAAACACAGGGCCCUGGAGGAGACUAAGAACUACACCACCCAGUCCCUGGCCAGCGUGGCCUACCUGAUCAACACUCUGGCCAACAACGUGCUGCAGAUGCUGGACAUCCAGGCCUCACAGCUCCGACGCAUGGAGUCCUCCAUCAAUCACAUCUCCCAGACAGUGGACAUCCACAAGGAGAAGGUUGCUAGGCGGGAGAUUGGCAUCCUGACCACCAAUAAGAACACGUCUCGCACGCACAAGAUCAUCGCCCCGGCCAAUCCCGAGAGACCUGUCAGAUACAUCCGUAAGCCCAUUGACUACAGCCUACUGGACGACAUGGGUCACGGAGUCAAGGCCAGUGCUCAGAACAUGAAGGCUGGAGGAGCUCUCCCACGCACCAACCCCCCUACUCAGAAACCCCCCAGCCCACCAAUCACAGGGAAGGGAACGCUUGGGCGACACUCCCCCUACAGGACCCUCGAGCCUGUUCGUCCUCCUGUCGUCCCUAACGACUACGUCUCCAGCCCGACACGCAGCGCCCCGCCCCCCCUGCAGAGCCCCGCCCACCCAGCGUCUCUCCCUCAGAGGAACCGCACGUACAGCAGUGGCAGCAGUGGGGGCAGUCACCCUAGCAGCAGUCGCAGCAGCAGCCGGGAGAACAGUGGGAGUGGCAGCGUGGGCUUGCCCAUCGCCGUGCCGACGCCAGCCCCGCCCAUCGUGGCGUUCCCAGGUACUGCUCCUCAGUUCUUCAGUAUGAACCGCCCCUCCCAGCAGGUGCCGCCUGGGCCUCAGGUGGGGGGCUCCCUCCCCUUCCGCCGCCCCUCCUCCGUCACCGGGCAGCCCGGCCCUCCCCAGACCCAACUGAACGGAGGACCACACUUCACCCAGAACCCAGCAGGGCCCCCGGCUCCCCCUCCCCCCUCCUUGCAGGUCACCCCCCAGCUGCCCCUGAUGGGCUUCGUGGCCCGGGUCCAGGAGAGCAUCUCAGACGUGCCCCCUCCCCCUCCCCCCGCGGACGAGCCGGUGUUUGAGGAGGCCACGCCCCCUCCGCCGCCCCCCGAGGACUACGAGGAUGAGGAGGAUGAGGAAGAGUCGGCCGUGGUGGAGUACAGCGACCCCUACGCUGAGGAGGACCCUCCCUGGGCCCCACACAGCUACCUGGAGAAAGUGGUGGCGAUCUACGACUACGCACGGGACAAGGAGGACGAGCUGUCCUUCCAGGAGGGAGCGAUCAUCUACGUGAUCAAGAAGAACGACGACGGCUGGUACGAGGGCGUGAUGAGUGGCACCACCGGACUGUUCCCCGGGAACUACGUCGAGUCCAUCAUGCACUACGCUGACUGAGUCUGCUCUCUCAGGGGGGGGGGAGGGGAGGGGGGAGGAGAGGUCAAAGGUCAAAGACUUUGUCGGACAGAGCAUGAUCCCAUUUGCGGGCACAGGUGGUCACAGCCGAGGACUCGGACGGCACGAAUGAACAAGCAGGUCUUUGAGACGAAGUUGGUUGUACGACGGCCACUAUUGAUAUUCCCUGUGUCUGUUGCUUUAACUUGAUUUCUGUUUUUCACCUGAAUGGAGAGACUUGGGUGGUGUCGUGUUUAUUUGUUUUAAUUUUUUACCGUGCUUGGGAGAUAAUUUUGUCUUGACGAACAGAAAAAGCCACAAGGAAUGUUGUGCUUCUUUAGCUGCUGAUUGGGUUUGAUGCUCUGUUUUACCCUGUGCUCUGAAUCUGUUUUACCCUGUGCUCUGAAUCUGUUUUACCCUGUGCUCUGAAUCUGUUUAACCCUGUGCUCUGAAUCUGUUUAUGGUGAAAUGGUAUUGUGAGGAGGGGGGAGGGGGGGGGGGGGGCGUGUUCUACUGUGCUCCAGCUGAACAACCAGGGAAUACCUCAGAAUCCUGGAACACCACACUUCAACACUCAGAUAUUGACUUGAUCCCAAACCUGAGGCUCUGAGGUCUAGGUCAGCAUGAGGGACAGAGGAUCAUGCUUCAGUACUUUAUACCAGGUCAGGAAAACACUGACAGUCACUGAGAUAAGCACAUCAUGUCUUAAUCUGACAAAUAUGAAUAUAUAUAUAUAUAUAUAUAUAUAAUGAGAGCUAUAUGAGAUACAUUAUCAUGUUUAUGGUUAUAGAUAAUAAAUUAAAUGUUGCUUGAUCUCAUGAGCCAAUUUAAAGCCCUUCUGUCUGAGCCUGCUUUUGUAACAAGCUGGCUCUGGUCUCCAGGCAGAUUUAGUGACCCGUCUAAGUAGCUACGGGCAGGGGCCGGUACAGGGGGGGAGGAGGGAGGAGCCGG